CAUAUUAUCUGUCAUAUUGGCUUGCCGAGUUUCGCUCGCUGCGAAAUACGGAAUUUUCUAUUUUUAUCCGCAUCAGGAGACAAUAAAUACAAACAUUUAUGCAGUCCGACGAAGAAGACACUUCGUUGCAUUCAUGCUUCGACUCGCUAAAAACCGCCGUCAUGGGGUGCUGCUAUAGUAUUUGCCACAAAGACACGGAUCCACAGGAGAACACAGUGAACGAGAGGACCCACCUACUAGAAGUGACGGAACAACAGCAGGAGACGCCGGUGCCGGCCGCGUCGGCGUCCACUCCGCCGCGCAAGCCUGACGAGCAGAGCGCGCUCAACAGGAUACUGCACGAGACUGCCACCAAUGUAAUCGACGUUGGCGCUCUAGGCCCAUACGCGCUCGAAGCGAGCGCAUACUCGGAGCGCGUGCGAGUGUACAGCGCGCGUGUGGCCGGGCUUCCUGCACCCGGGGCGCCGGCGCCGCGGCUGCUGGCUGAUCUGCCGCAUUCUGAGCGAGCCGCCUUGCUGGCCAGGCCUGCGCUGCCGGCUGAGGACAAAGACUUUAUAACGAACGCUGUAAAAAAAGCGGCAGCUGCCAUCUCGGAGCUCCGAGUGGAACACCACGAGGACUUAGUGGUUCCGUUCAGGGUGCCAUAGCAGAGGCGAACGGCGUCGUACUGCGAGGACGAGCGCCCAUACUGACACGGACGCGAACGGCGAGGGACAUAGAUAGGUAAAUACAAUGAGAAAUUGAAAAAAAAGACAUCAAAACAUAAUUUUCAGAAAAAAAAGUUGCGCGAUUGUGGCGCGACAGUUGCGCAACUGUCGGGCAUCUUUUUGUGUGAAAGCUGUAUUUUGGUGUGAAAAGGCCUCUAACGUAAAGGACCAUUGUAAUUGGUGUUUAAUAUUUAUUGAAUGGUUUGUACUUUGCUGGACAGAAUUAAGUUUUUAUGCAAAAAGGCGGGUUAGAGAGACUUACAUACUAUUAUCGGCUUAUAAAGCCUGAAUCAUAAAAUACUUUUUUUUGAACUCUUAUCUGCCUUUUUAAAAUAAAAACUUAUACAUACCAAUAGCUGAAAAUGCAUUAAAUAUAACCAGUGCUGAGUACAUGUAUUGUUAUAAACUUGAAGGAAAAGACUAAUCCCGCCAUAUUUGAAAUCAGUCAAAACUGCUAGACUUUCAUAUAACUCAUAAGUUACUUUAACUGAAUAAACUGUCUUAUAAACUCCGACUUAUUUUAACUUAGACUUCCGUCUCUUUCUGUUAAAUGUAUUUGCAAACUGAUGAGAAAGAGACAAAAAAGUCUGGCAUGUUAAAAACAGCAGAAAACUUGCAAAUAUUAUUUGUGUGCAAGUCAAUGCAAUUUAGAACUGUGAAUUAGUAUAUAAAUAAAUAUACCUGUAUAAAAUUAAAAUUAUCUUGUCACACCUUUUUUUAUACUUUGUUUGAAUUAUCAUUUUGUAUAACAUUUUGGUUUCAUAUUAAAUCUUUAAAAGGAAAUUCUUCAACGAAAUUGCAAAUAACUUCUCGAGAUAUUAUGUAUAUUGUUUGAUUAUUACCUAUAUUAUGUCUUGUUUUGCUGUUACAAAAAUCACGAUUUCAAAAAUAUUGGUGAAUUUAUAAUAUUCUAAAUUGUUAUCCGUUUGUACAACGAUUUUAUUGCUCUAUUCUAAAUGUUUGUAGGUCUAUGGUUCGUUUUUACAUAACUUUUGGCUAAACUAGAAUUUAUUAAUAUUUUAUAUUGGUCUAUAUAAUUGUUUUAAAAAAUAUUUGUACCGGAUAGGACCAUUAUCAUAUCAUUUAUUCAAUAUUUACAAUAGAUUUAAGUUUUAUUGUAACCAGUAUUUUUUCUGUGUGAUAAAUGUAUGUUCCACCUUGUUUUGAAAAUCUUGUUAGUAAAAAUAUUUACACUGGUAAUUUAAGACUGAUGACAUUGACAACUCAAUAAGUUGCGCAACAGUGGCGCAACAUCCUGCCACCUUUUUCUCUGCAGAAAUGUAACAUCACUUCUAAAAACUACCAGAGUGAUUAUAAGUCAAGUUCCCUUUGCAAAAAUGGUCGGUUAACCAACCUUUUUACAGAAUAAAAAGCGAUCAAAAUGAGAAUAAGUGUUUACGAAACUUAUUAAUAGUUUAUACCUCUCUAUAAUACGGAUACUUAUAAUUAUUUUGAUCGCCUUGUACAUAUAAGAAAAAUUGCCUUUUUUUGCAAAUAAAUUUACGCAGCCGGUAUUCAAAACACGGUGAAACAUUUUCUGCUAAGCACAAUAUUUAUGUUUUAAUUUCAGUUUAUUAUUUUUUGCCUAGGCAAGUUUCGCAUUAUUGAAAAACUAGACUUAUUAACAUGAUAUUAAUUUUUUACCGAGACAAUCUUUUGACAGUCUAAUUAAUGUUGCUAUUAUAAAAACGACAAUUUACUCCAUAAUUAUUAAUAUUUAAUUCGAAGUUAAUUCCUGCAGUCAUGUUUCAGUUUAUUUUUGUGUGUAAACUAAAAUUUUGACUAAUAUCCUAAAUUAGAACCAAAAAUGUCUUCAUUGACAAAAUGUAGCGACUACCUUGCUCAGAGAAACAAAACACAAAAAAAUAAAUGAUCAAACGAUUUUAAUUCGUAUUAAGUUACGAUUAGAACUCAAUUCUGCGUAUCAAGCGGGAAGUUUCUACCAUGAUAUCGAUCAAAUAUGAACCUUAGGUUAUUGCAAUAAAGAUCAUAAUCAUUUUAACACUUUGUGUGCCUCAAUGCAGCUCUUAAACCAUCUACAAAGAUAAUAAUUGACUUUCAGCCAGUUUCUUCAUCAAAAGUUAAAGCCAAAGUAAAAGUCAAAGUAAUGUCUAAAGUAAAAGUAACGGUCAAAUUAAAUUUUUCUAUUAGUUUUGCUGUCACUUUAGCCUUGAAAAAACGUAUUUGACCGUUACUUUUACUUUAGACAUUACUUUAACUUUAACUUUUGAUGAAGAAACUGGCCGUAAGUAUUUUGUUUCUCUAACUAAGGCAGUCUUGUAAACCUGCGACUAGUCUUGCAUAUCUGCGAUUAAUCGCAAGUUUGCGUCUAUUUAUUAUUAUUAACGAUGUGUAAUUGUAAAUAACCGAGUUAAGCCUAAACUUACAUCUGUGAUGCAGAUUGUCUAUGUGUUAUUGUCGUGGGCUUAUUGUGUUUCAUAGUUAUUACGUGGCUGCUUUGAUUGUUUUGCAAAACCGAAAAAAGUUGAUAAUUUUCCAUUGGGUGGGACACUUUAUGCCAGUGAUUUAAAUAACUUGCAAGUAAUCAAAGUAGUAACGUUUAGAUAACAAGAUGACUGACUGAAUGUAGUUAGUUUUAUCAUAAUGUAUAAAGAAUAUAAAGCCAGGUAAAAAAUCCACAAGUUUCACUCUGCUAUACAAAAUAAACCUUAUGUCGGUAGAAAUAGGGUAUAAUUUUUAUAAGCUAGGUAAACUUGGAGAUAUUUUAUCUGGCUAAAAUACGUGUAUAGAAUUUUGCUACAUAUAAAGAGAGCUUAUAAAUUGAUUUAAAUGUUAUCCCGAUGCCAUGUAACAUGUUUUGUAUAUAUGCAUGUGACGUCUUGCGUUUUUUUUUUGUCGCGAACGUUCGUGAGUGACAGCUUUAAUAGUAAGAAGUUUCAAUUUUAAGUUUAUGUUUGGAAUCAUAAAGUCUUGUUUGAACGGAGCGAUUUUUAGUCAGCAAAAUCAGUUUUUUAAGGACUUUUUAUUGAAAAGAAUUGAGUAAAUUUAUUGGUAAAUUUUGACA